CCGGGCGGAGAGCACCCGGCCCGGCCGCCUCUUUCCCCCCCUCCCCGUCCCCUUCCCUCUCCCUUCCCUCCCGGCCCCGCUGCCAGGGGCGAAGCCGCCCGCCGGGCCGCUGCGGCCUUUUUUUCUUGGAUUUCAGUACUGGAAAACUCUAAUGACAACUUUGCUUAGGACCUGAGCAUCGUGACCUGUCCUGCUCCUCCCUGCUCAGUGUGGGAACAACCUGAAGGACAUCUUGGAGCCACCUGUACUGCUUCAUGCAGUUAAAUGUUCUGAGGUCAUGAAACUUAAUCCACAGCAAGCUCCAUUAUAUGGUGACUCUGUUAUUACAGUGCAGCUGACCGAGGAAGAUAAAGUUGAAGAUGAUGUAGUUUUUUACUUGGUCUUCACUGGGUCAACUGUCCAACACUGCACAAGCACAAGAAAGAUUAAUCCUGGGAGUCUGGAGACAAUUUCUCCUGGUCAUGACUGCUGUGAGACAGUGAAGGUGGCACUUUGUGCCUCUAGGGAAGGUCAUCCUGUUCUGGUUGUGGCAGAAGAGACUUUCCAGUUUGUCCAGGAUGAAGCCUAUGAUGCUGCCCAGUUUCUUGCCACCUGUGCUGGCAACCAGCAGGCACUGAACUUCACCCGUUUCUUGGACCGCUCAAGACCACCUGCUGCUGAUGUGGACUUCUUGGAUGAGAAAGUGGCUUUGGCUUUUCGACACUUGAAACUUCCAGCAGAAUGGAACGUGCUGGGAGCCGACCAGUCCCUGACCGAGAACAUCCCUCGGGAGACACUGAUGCAUUUUGCAGUGAGGUUGGGUCUGCUGAGGCUGACCUGGUUUCUGCUCCAGCAGCCAGGUGGAAGAGGAGCUCUCAGCAUCCACAACAACGAAGGGGCAACACCUGUGAGCUUGGCCUUGGAGAGGGGCUACCAGAAGCUGCACCAACUUUUGACAGAAGAGGAAGCCAGGGAACCAGACUCCUGGAGCACCUUGUCCCACACGGUGCACUCGGGGGACUACAGCAUCAAGCACCACCGUGGGCUCGAUGUCUACAUGCUGACAGCUGAAGCCAGGGAAGGGGAAGCGGCCAGCUUGGAGAGUGACAUUCAGCACCUCCAGAUGCACAUGCAGAGCCACCAGCACAUGAGUUUAAGGCAGCCAACAGAGCCUGUAGUGGGAGGUUCUGAAGACACCUGUGCUAAAGGAGCAGAGCCAGAUGGUAACCUGGGCACUACCUCUCAGAGCCUCAAAGAAAUGACAAGAGAAGGAGAGCAGGAGAGUCCGUCUGAUCUUGUUCACCUGGACAUUGUGCAGCCCUCAGACCAAAUGGAGCAGGAGGGGAAAUGCAACAGCAGGAGUUUGGGAGCUUUUGAUGAGGUACCAAAUGACUUGCUGAGUGUGGGGGAUACAGAGAGCCCGGAGUGCUUCUGUGAAAGUAAAAAUACAGUGACGUUGAGUAAAGAGGAAGAGGAGGGGCCAACCUCUGCUGGAGGCUCUGGGGCUGUGUCAGAUGAGAAGGACUGCACAGUGACCCUGUGUGCGAGUGCAAAUACUGCCAUAAAUCUUCCAUCCUGUGGAAAUACAAAUGAGGAAGCUGGAAUGACAUCAGCUGGAGUUGCUUUGGAUCAAGCUGGCUUGUGCAGUAAAGAUAGGCCCCAUCAGGAAGAGCAAGCUGCUGAGGGGUGUGCACCUGACAGUACUGUUGCUGUGGUUGAAACUGCAGGCGAAGCCCCAGCUUCCUGGGAGGGUGUGGAUGUGUCUAUGGGCCAAACGGAGUGCAGGAACUGUACAGGAGUGGCUGAGAGGGCUGCAGGCCAGCAGCAAGCAGAGGAUGGGAUGGCUGAGGCUGGCCAAAGGAGGACUGCAAACCUGGAAGAGCAAUUGCCAGCUAAGAAAGAGACAGCCAGUGCUGUUCAACCCUUACUUGGUGGUUUUGAUGGCACUGAGUCUGCAGAUGGAGAGGAUGCAAAGGUGGGAGUGGUGCUGGCUUGUGAUGGUACCGAUGCAGGUGUUGGCACUGGUGAUGUCUCUGUUGAUCUUUGCAAGUUGGGAGAGAACAAGGAGACUGGAGUGGACCCAAGCACUGAUCAGGUGAACAGCGGCUUCUUGGAAAGCCAAGGUGAUGGCCAUGUCACAGCGAGGCAGAAUGCCAUGGACAAUGUCGGGGCAGCAUUGCCUGCAGUGAAUAGAGUGAAGAUUCCUGCAUGUGCAUCAAAACCUGGUUCUGGUUUGGAAAUCCAUAGCCAUGGUAAGAGUGGGGAGCGAGAAGGGCAGGUGGAAUCAGAUACCACAGAUGGGAAAUCCAGUUUGUUGGAAGAUACUGUGGAAACUGAUGGCCCUGAUGCUGAACCUGAAAAUUUUGCUGUUGGUGGAUCUAACCAAAGCAGUGCAGAACCUGUGUGUUGCCAGGAAGGUGGGAAGAUCACUGAAAGUGCAGCUAAAGCAAUGGAGGGCAGCAAAGCCCACGAAGAGGAGCCAUCAGGAACUGAUACCAGCAGCAGCAGAGAGGGAGGAAGCGCCCAUUCUGCAGAGGGAGGGCAGGAAGUUGCUAGCUGCUGCUCUUCUGCUGAUCACACUGUUGUUAAAGAUGAAAUGGGCGACAGCUUAAAACCAGACACUGCUCAAGAGAACAAAUGUGAGCGUGCAUCGCUUCCUCCGGACAGCAACAGCACAUGCCUGGCAGAAAAAGAGCCUUCACAAGCAGAAGCAGAGAUAGCAGAAAGUGCUCUGGAGCAGGAUGGGUUUAGCUGCGAGGUGAAACCACCCACUGCCCUACCCCGAGGAGAGGGACUGGUGGUGGGUCAGGAGGGAGAUGCUGCUGCAGUGGCACCUCCCGAGCAGGAGGCAGCUCUGCAAGGUAAUGACCCAGGAUUAGCUCCGUGUGCCAAGGGCGCAGACCGUGCGGAGGAUAAUUUAAUAGGCACACCCUCUGUAGUUCAUAAUGAAGAAUCCAAACAAAACCAGGAAGUGGCAGGAGGUUUGGCAGAGCUCGCCCAGCAGCACAGCAGGGAGCAUGGCAGGGUAGCUGUCGGAGCUGGCUGGCCUGGGGACCAUGUUGGGAGCCAGGGCUCCCAAGAACAGAGCUUCUCACAGCAGGCUGGAGGAGGCAAAGCUGAGCCUCAGGCUUGUGCAAGUAACACUGGGCAGGUUUCGUCUCAGGAACUUCUUUCUGCUGUUGUGAAACCCUCUGCUUGCAGUCAGGGGGGGCCUGUGGCAGGUGACAGCAAUGUGGAUGCUGGGCUGAAAGGGACAGUCCUCACCAAAGGAUUGUGCGAGGCUGAGGCAGUGGGUGCAGGAAAAGGCACCAUGCAUGGACCCACAUCAGCAGGUGAGGUACCAGGUGCAGAAACUGGACUUAAUGGAGAACGUGAUCCCAGUCAAACCCAACAGCAAAUCUCCCUGUGCAACAGCACCCCCAAAGUAAAGAAAACGGAAGAAAUUGCUUCAGAAAUGGGAGCUCAAAGUGGUGCCUGUGAAGAUAAGGAAAUAUUAAGGCCGGUGGCAAUAACGCCCAUCACAGAGUAUCCAGAAGAGCAGGAGGACGUGGAAAGUCUGCUUCCCCGGGCAGGACUUCAACCCAUCGCUGAAGAGCCCACGUGUGACAGUGACUCCAGCACUGAGACUGUGUGCCCAGCUGGUGAGAGCAAUGCUGGUCCCACUGUGAAAGCAGCUCAGGAGGAGGUCUUGGCUGAGCCUGAUGGAAAGCAAAACCAACCUGUACCUGGAUCGCCCACCUCGCCAUGUUCAUGCCAUUUAUAUGUUGUUGACUCACUGGAAAAUGUGGGAGUAAAGAGUUUGGUUUCAGCAGACGAUGGCACCUCUCUGGAUCAAGUUCCUAAAAUGGUAAAAAGUUUUGAUGCCGUGGUUUUUGCAGCAGAGACACCUUCUUCUCAUGAAUUACCAGCUGCAGAAAAAGCAGGGCUUGAGCCCCAGGCUGCAGUGGAUGUGGGAACCAACCUUAAUGGAGAAGUGGACUUAAGUUCCUCAACAAAGAAGAGGAACCUCAGCCCAGCAGUGCAAGGAGCAGAGCUUGUUACAGGGAAGUUGGAAAUGAAAACUGAAGAUGAGGUGGAUUUUCUGAAAGAUGGUGACGAGAACGCAUCCCGCAGGGAAGCGAUAAACCGGGAAAGCUGGUGUUCCCUGGAGCCAUGUCCUGAUUCUUCCCUUCUGGAACGCAAGCGGACACGGGAGUCUCCAGAAUGUGAGAACUUCUUGGAGGAUGGGCUGAGCAGUGUCUGUGCCUCAUCACAGGGCAUCCUCAAAAGAGAGUCUGGAAGUGAGUCUGACCUCUUCCCCUUGGCUGGUGAUGGGAUGGAAGACCUUGUCUUUGGAAAGCAGCCUGAAGAGGAACAGUCUGCAUGUGAUGUCACCAGCUCCAGUUCCUCUGCAGAUGACACCAUGUCCCUGGAGAGGAACUCAUCCCUGGGCAGCGACACAUCCCUUCCUUUCCCACCAGCAGUGAACUUCAUCCAGUCCAAGGACAGGCACAGCCUGGAUGGCAGCUGCAGCAACAUGGUGGCUGCAGAGGGAGGAGAGAAGGAGGAGGAGUUGGACAGUAUCACAGAUGUGCCCACUCAUUCCUCUGUCUUACGGAAUUCCAUGCGGCCGCUGUCACCUUUCCGUAGACACAGUUGGGGCCCAGGGAAGAAUGCCACCAAUGAGGCAGAAAUAAAUCAGAGAAGUUCAAUGCGAAUUCUGGGGGAUGGUAUAAGGAAGCCUCCCAUUCAUAGGAGAAGUUUGAGCUGGUGUCCCUCUGGUGUACAGUACAUUGCCAUGGGUCCUGACUUUACUUAUAGAAGUUACAGCCUAGAAGGCCUUGCUGGGGACUCUGGAGAGAACAAGAAGCCCUCUACAAGCCUGGAGGCUUCUUCUUUGAGCUCCAAAGACCUCAGACGGAGUCCACAUGCCAGCAAUCAGUGUGGGUCCCUGCUCUUACUCACUGAAGAGCUUGAGCAAGGGGAAAUCAGAGACUAUGAACACCAGAUGCAUCAAACAUCGCAGCCACAAGGAUUUAAUUUCUGUUCUUCUGCUGUUUCAUCUCCACUGACCAAAUCUAUGUCUCUCAUGUCAAUUAGUAAACCAGUGCUGGACAGUACACAGGCAUUCAGCAGCUCCACGGGUUCCUCAGUUCAGAGCAUAUCUGAAGAGAGCAGCAGUGUUCCCACUGGAAAAAGUGGAACAAAAGUCAGUCGUACCUUCAGCUACCUCAGGAAUAAAAUGUCCAGCAGCAAGAAGAGCAAAGAAAAAGAGAAGGAUAAAGAGAAGACUAAAGAGAAAGACAAAGAUUCCAAGGAAAAGGAGAAAGAUAAGAAGCUGCUAAAUGGACAUCUCUUCACUGCCAUCUCUGUUGUAGCCCAAGCAACCUGUUACCACUGUAUGAAACCUUUCAAUAAGGAUUCGUACUACUGUGCAAACUGCAAUGCAAUCGUUCAUAAAGGCUGUAAGGAGAGUUUUGCUUCUUGUGCAAAGGUCAAAAUGAAGCCACAGAGAGGGAUGCUGCAGGCACAUGAUACCUCUUCAUUACCCACAGUAACCAUGAGAAACAAAAGCUCACAGCAGAAGGAACGCCCUCGCUCUGCAAUUCUUGCUCCUGAUGAGAACACUGUCACCUCAAUAUUCAAUAACAGGAGAUCACAGCAGCCAACAGCACUUUCAAAAAGUGUCUCAAUACAGAACAUUGCAGGAGUUGGGAAUGAUGACAGCUUAAUACACACUUGGAAAUUCCUGUCACAGUCAACAGACUCCUUACAUAAAAUCAGCAGGGUGAAUGAAUCCAUGGAAUCACUGGUUGAUGAAGGUGCAGACAUGAAUGAAGGACAGCUGAUGGGAGACCUGGAACUGGAUUCCAAGCAGCUGGAGGCAGAGUCCUGGAGCCAAGUAGUGGACAGCAAGUUCCUCCAGCAGCAAAACAAAGAUGUUGUCAAACGGCAAGAUGUCAUUUAUGAGCUAAUGCAGACAGAAAUGCAUCAUGUCCGUACCCUGAAGAUCAUGAACGAUGUAUACAGUGCAGGGAUGUUACAGGAGCUGCAGUAUGAUCAACAAGUCGUGGACAAGAUCUUUCCUUGUCUAGAAAACUUGCUGCAAAUGCACAGUCAAUUUUUCCAGCGGAUUCUGGAAAGGAAGAAGGAGUCACUGGCAGAUAAAAGUGAAAAGAACUUUGUUAUCACAAGGAUAGGUGACAUCCUAGUGAAUCAAUUCUCUGGUGAGAGUGCUGAGCGAAUGAAGAAAACAUAUGGCAAAUUCUGUGGGCAUCACAAUGAGGCAGUAAAUAACUUCAAAGACCUCUACUCAAAGGACAAACGGUUUCAGGCAUUUGUCAAGAAAAAAAUGAGCAGCUCCCUGGUGAGGAGACUUGGGAUUUCAGAAUGUAUUUUGUUGGUAACUCAGAGAAUCACAAAGUACCCAGUCCUUUUACAAAGGAUACUGCAGUACACCAAAGAAAAUGAAGUGGAACACGAAGACUUGACUCAGUCAUUAAACCUCGUUAAAGAUGUGAUUGCUGCAGUCAACAGUAAAGUCAGCAAUUAUGAAAAGAAAAUGCGUCUUGCUGAGAUUUAUAACCGGACAGACAGCAAGUCCAUCAUGAGGAUGAAGAGUGGCCAGAUGUUUGCAAAAGAGGACUUGAGGCAUCGGAAGCUCAUCCGAGAUGGGCCUGUGUCACUAAAAAGUGCAACUGGACGGUUAAAAGAAGUCCAGGCUGUUCUCCUCUCUGACAUGCUGGUAUUCCUUCAGGAGAAGGACCAGAAGUUUGUCUUUGCCUCACUGGACCAGAAAUCCACUGUAAUAUCUCUGAAGAAGUUGAUUGUACGAGAAGUGGCUCAUGAAGAGAAAGGGUUAUUCCUGAUCAGUAUGGGUGUAAAAGAUCCUGAAAUGGUGGAAGUCCAUGCCAGCUCCAAAGAAGAGCGUAACGGCUGGAUACAAAUCAUCCAAGACACAAUGAACACCAUGGAUAAGGAUGAAGAUGAAGGAGUCCCGUGUGAGUCUGAGUUUGAAAAGAAAGUGUCGGAUGCGAAAGUGAGAGGACUGAAAGAACAACUUCAGCAGAAGGAUAAGCAGAUCCUCCUCUUGCUGGAAGAGAAGGCUAAAAUCUUCAGGGACAUGGCAGACAGCUCUGUGCAAGAAGACAUGCCAGGGUCCAGGCUGCUCUUCAGAGCCAACACAGAAGAGGCACCAAAAGGAGAGGCCAUUAUGAAAACUGCAAUAAAUGAAGUUGAACUGCUGCAAGACCUGGUGAACAGGAGCCUGGGCACUGCCCUGGGGCAGCAGGUCAGUAGCACUGCCAUGGAACAAGAAGGAGGAGUUGGCCCCAUCUCACUCCCUAGAAGGGCAGAAACUUUUGGAGGAUUUGACAGUCAUCAGAUGAAUGCCUCCAAGUCAAAGCAGAAGGGAGGUGUUUCCUCCUGCAAAGAGGUGGAAGGUCCCAGGACGUGGCGCAGGAGAGAAGGUGGAGCGAAAGAUGAAGGCGAUGAUGCUCAGGACCUUCGGAGAACGGAGUCAGACAGCAUUUUAAAGAAGGGUGGAAAUGCUAAUUUGAUGUUCAUGUUGAAAAGGAAUAAUGAGCAGGUCCUCCAAACCAUUACCAGCCUCCAUAAGCUGCUCAGUGCUUUGCAGGGUGUUGUGCUGCAGCAAGACACCUACAUCGAGGACCAGAAGCUGGCUCUGAGUGAGAGGGCUCUGACCCGAAGCUUCUUCCGUCCGACUUCACUGCUGGAGCAGGAGAAGCAACGCAACCUGGAGAAGCAGCGGCAGGAGUUGGCCAACCUGAAGAAGCAGCAGACUCAGCACCAGGAGGAGAGGAGGAAGAGAGAAAAGGAGUGGGAAGUGCGGGAGAAGGAGCUGGCAGAGCAGGAGGCCCACUUGGCCCAAAGAGAGGAGCAGGUCCAGAGAGGGUGGCAGGAUCUUGAGCGGGAGAGAGAGGAGCUGCAGGUGAAGAAGGCCUCUUACCAGCUCGACCUGGAGAGGCUUCGUACGGCACAGAAGCAGCUGGAGAGGGAGAAAGCCCAGUUCAAACAGGACAUGGAGAGAUUAACUCAAAUGCGGCAGGAGCCUGACCACAACCAGGUUUCAAAUCUACAUGAGAAACUUGGAAGAGUCCCUUCCCAGUCCAGCAUCGAUGACUCCUCCAAGCAGAAGAGCCCUUCCCUUCCUAAACAAGGGCACUUUGAUGCAGAACUGUCUGUCUCCCCCAAAAGGAACAGUCUUUCAAGGACACACAAAGAGAAAAGCACUUUCCAUUUGCUUAGCACAACAAACCAGACUAACAAGGCAGCUGAGGACCAGCCCCAGAUGCCUACCCGCCUCUUCAGUUUAGCCAAACCAAAGGAGAAGAAGGAAAAGAAGAAAAAGGGCAGGGGACAUCGCUCCCAACAGUCUGAUUCUCAGUCAUCAGAAGCACCUCCAGAGGGUGAGGAGAUCUUCUGCUGAGCACAGAUGGUUCCAUUGGUCACUCUUGGCAUUGCUACAGUGGACAUCUCCCUGCCCACUCCACAGCACAUUGCUGGGCCUGCAUCUGACAAGCAUCUGGAAGUUUCAGAUAAAACAUGUUAUGAAGUCUGCCAUGUGGUGGGAAGGGGCCUCUCUUGUGGUUUUGUGUGAAUUCUCACUGCAGAGACUGACUGCACAGCAAAUAGAGAACCAUCUCUCUGUGCAAAUCUUGGGUUCAAUGGAUUGGGAUAGAUGUUUUCUGUUUCUUCUGACGGCUCAAGGGUGAGAGAACAUAGCCUUAAGGGAUCUGUGCCUUCAAAUUCCCCUUUUCUGGGGAACAUAACCAAAAACCAAGUGUUUAGCAAAAGAUUAGGACUCUACAAAUGGUGCGUACACACUGGCAUAUAUAGAUAUAGUGUAUAUAUACAUCUGUGUAUCUAUGUAUCCACUGGGAUAUGCUCACAGUCUGCACAGCCAAGCUUAGCUCGGCCAGUGGGGAUAGAUGUUACCUGAUGACUUUCAGGGAGCCUGUAGAUAUUAAAUAUCUUGCCCAUACUGCUCCAGUUGUAACACCAUUAACCUGCAUGCCCCAGUAUGGGCUGUGUGGUUUCGGAAAAGUACCUUAUACCAGGAAGCAGUAACAGCAUUCAAAACAAAAAUUCAGAGGAAAAAAAAACCCCACAGUGUAAUUUGCAAAGAUGUCCAUGGGUCAGAGGAUUUAAAUGUGAAACUGUUUCCAGAACCAAGCAGAAGAUCUUUGGGUAUACUUAAAAUGAUGCAGAAAAGAGAAAUUUAGUAGGCUUGUAAGGCAACCCCAGGGAGUCAGAACAGACAGUGUUGAAGUGGGAACAACUCUGAGCAACAUUUUUUGAGCAAUCUGUUUGAGCCUCCAGCUUACUCUUUCACAUCCCCUAAGUAAAGAUGAUUUUUUUUUUUUUUUUUUUUUUGGCAGAAUAUAGUUCUCCAAAUGCAUUUGUCAUCCCUUCAUUUACAAGACUGAUGACUUUUUGGAGAGAUGGCUGAAAACACACUUUUAGGGAUCUUUGUUCUGUUUUUUGUAUUUUUCUUUCCCAUUUUUUGUGUUAUUGUUGGGCUUCUGGGUUUUUUUUUUAUUUUUUUCAGCUUCCCUUGCUCAUUUCGAAGGAGGAAUGAGACAACAGCAGUAUGGCAGCACUUCAGGGAGAGGUCCACAGGUCAGGGGACUGAGUGCAAUGAGCAGAGUGAACCCCAAAGAGGUGGCUCCUGGUCCCUAUGCAUGCGCAAUACUGUGCAGUUAUUAACUAUUUCUGGGGAGAAAAAACAUUCUUGUGGACAAAAAUGCAGUCAGACAGAUCCAAAGGUCCAGCAUGAAAGGUUGUUUCCAUGUGUCCCAUGUGUCCCCCUUUUACCAUCAGCAGGAGAAGGUCUGAGGGUGGCUCAUUGUGCAGCCUGGGAGGUGUUUGUCCAGCUGCUCAAUCCCGGGAUGUAUUCCAUGGGGGAAGAGAAACACAGUGAGCCAAAUUUUAUUCCAAAAUUAUUGUUCUUCCAAACCCUCUCAGAGGAAUUGCCCGAGUGGAUUUGUAAAUGGUUACAAGAUGCUAUCAGCUUCAGAAUAGCUCAAGGCUUUGCUUGGAGUUUGAAGCUGUCAAGUGCAUUUCCUUUUCUACCAGUUUUACUUGAAAAAAAAAUUUAUUAUUUUUUUUCCACUAUUGUUUGAUUUCCAUUUGCUCUCUGGCUUCUCCCAGUCUGGUAACCUGCAGCAGUUUGGUACUGAUGAGUGUCAUCAGCCUUAAUGGUGAGGUGGAUGCUUAGGCAGUUCUGCUUUGGUCAGUGCAGGAAUCCUAAAUUACCCAUUUCCUUUUGAAGUUCUCUAAACUACUAAGACUCAGAAAAAAAAGGAAAGAAAAAAAAAAAAGGAAGAAAAAAACCAAAAAGGUUUUAGAUUUAUUUUUAUUUUGCUUUUUUUAAUAUUAUUUGGUGCUUGUUCUUAAUUGCAAGCAGGGCUUGCAAAAAUAUUUAU